UACAUUAAUUCCCCUUUUGUUAUAAAACACUAACACAAGCAGAGAGAGUGUGAGAGCAAAACAAAAGAAUGGUCGGUCACGUGCUGGUCUUCCCCUACCCCGCCCAAGGCCACAUGCUCCCUCUCCUAGAUCUGACCCACCAGCUCGCCUCCCGCGGCCUCACCAUCACCAUCCUCGUCACCCCCAAAAACCUCCCCUUCCUCACCCCCCUCCUCUCCUCCCACCCCUCCCUCAUCUCCCCUCUCGUCCUCCCCUUCCCCCCUCACCCCUCCAUCCCCCCCGGCGUCGAGAACACCCUCGAUCUCCCCGCCUCCUCCUUCCGCCACAUGAUGUGCGCCCUCUCCUCCCUCCGCGAUCCCCUCCUCCGCUGGCUCCGCUCCCACCCCUCCCCCCCCUCCUCCCUCAUCUUCGACAUGUUCCUCGGCUGGUCCCACCACCUCGCCUCCUCCCUCUCCCUCCCCUCCUUCGCCUUCUUCCCCUCCGGCGCCUUCGCCAUCUCCUUCCUCCACUCCCUCUGGCGCCUCAUGCCCCACGCCGAUCCCGUCUCCUUCCCCGACAUCCCCUGUUCCCCGACUUACCCCUGGUGGCAGCUCUCUCCCGUUUUCCGCAGCUACGUCAAAGGAGACCCAGAUUCGGAAUUUAUCAAGGAUUCCUACUUGGCCAAUUUCCUGGGCCACGGCUUGAUUUUCAACUCCUUUCACGAGAUCGAAGGGGCCCAUUUAGAUUACUUGGCCCAAAAGAAAUUUAACGUUUGGGCCGUUGGGCCUCUCCUACCGCCCGGCCACGUCACGGACCGGGGCGGCUCCAGCUCGGUUAUUGCCGCCGAGGUCUGCUCCUGGCUCGACACGUGUCAAGACGACAGCGUAGUGUAUGUCUGUUUCGGUAGCCAGGCUGUGUUGACCAACGAGCAAAUGACGGAAUUAGCCUCGGGUCUGGAGAAGAGCGGAGUGAGAUUCGUGCUGUCGGUGAAGGGCGCCACGGUGGGGCACGGGGACGGGGCCUACGGCUCUGUCCCCGAGGGGUUCGAGGCCCGGGUGGCGGGGAGGGGCCUCGUCAUCAGGGGGUGGAGCCCGCAGGUGGAGAUACUGAGGCACGGGGCGGUCCGGGCGUUCCUGACGCACUGCGGGUGGAACUCGACUCUCGAGAGCGUCGUGGCGGGGGUGCCCAUGCUGGCGUGGCCGAUGGGGGCGGAUCAGUACCUGAACGCCACGUUGCUGGUGGAGCAGCUGGGCGUGGCGAUCCGGGUGUGCGAGGGGCCGACGACCGUGCUCGGGUCAGAUGAGCUGGUGCGGGUUUUAGGGGAGGUUGCGGGCGACGGGUGGUCGGAGAAGCGGGCUCGGGCCGUGGCGCUGAGCAAGGCAGCGGGGGAGGCGAUGAAGGAUGGUGGGAAGUCAUACAAGAAUUUGGAUGAUUUUGCUGGGUUGUUAGCUCAAAAAUAGUGUAACAAAUGUAGAGUCACAUUGUUUCAAUAAAAAUAGGGGUGGAGUUCAAUUUGUAUUAUGGUUACUGCACUAGUACUACUACUUCCUGCC